AUGUAUCUAAAAAAAGUGAUCGAGCUAGGAAAACUACCGAAUUUAAGUUUGCCAAAGGAUACAAAUGGUGUUAGAAAAGUAACUAUUUCGAAUGAUAGGAUAUGUAUUAUCGUGGAAAAUUGGCUAUUUUUUUAUAUAUUAACUAAAAAUCACGAGAGUGCAAGACUCAUUUAUUCGUGGAAAAUCAAUUCAAAAGAAGAGUUAAUAUUGGAUGGAUUAUGGAUAGAUAGUGGGCUAUUUAUAACAUUGAGUAGCAGUUCAAUUUAUUUGUUUACCUUGGAAGACGAAUUAAUAACUGAAGUAAAAACUGCGAAACAUGAUUGUUUAAAAACUAUUAGAAACUCUGAAAUAGUACUGAUAAGUAGCUUUUCAAAAGGAUCAAUUGGAAGCCGAAUUAUUAUCGCUGCAGUUAAUUUUUCUUCUGGUUUUUUCUUAUUUUCUAUUGAAUAUUUCGAAUCAGAAUAUUUUAUUGAUAUUGGAAACAUAGUUACAACUCAAUACAAAGGGGCGAUAAUUCCUUGUGACAAUGGAAUGGUCUUUGUUAAUUCGAGUUUUAUAAACAAAUUUUAUAUUGGCCAAAAUAUAUUUGAAUGUAAAAUGAUAGAUUCUCUGUAUAUUAAGGAAAUUUUAAAUCGUUUUAUAGGAGAACAUGAUUUUAAACUUAUUUCUAAAUACAAAACAGUUAAAGAUAACAUGUUAAACAUUGUAUUUUUGAUGAUUGAAGAUAAUGUGAAAUUUAAUGGAAUCGAAAUAACUAUUUCAAGUACUAAACUUAUUCCAAUAAAAAUGAAUAAAAUUAGUAUAAAAAAUCCAGAAAAUAUCAUUAAUAUUUCUCAUACCAACAUUUUAAACAAUAUUUCAGUGAACAUAUUAACUUACGAAUCUAAUUUAAUGAUUUACGAGGCUAGUUUAACUUCUUCUAAGACAUGUUUGGCUUAUUACAAUGAUUUAAAUGAAUCUUUUAUCCCUUUCGUUUCCCAAACUCAGUGCGAGAAUAGUAUUUUUUAUGCCGGUUGUACUUUAGAAAAGAAAACUGGAAAGAUAUUCGUAAAUAUUCUUGAAAAAGAAUCUGAUUAUAAUCUGAUUAAAAACGAAGUUCAAAAGUUUGAAAGUUACAACACCAUGGCAAAUGAACAAAUUACUUUGAAUAUUGAUGAGCUAAAUAACCAAUUUGAUGGAAUUAUUCCAUUGAAUAUGAUAAUUUCUAAAUUUAAGAAACUGAUAUCCAAUUUAGAAAAGGUGGAUUAUAAUUAUAUUUUAGACUAUGCAGAAAAGGUUCCUUUAUUUAAUAUCGAAGAUACAUUAAAUUUGUAUUCUUCAUUAGUUUCUGCGCUUGAAGCUUCAAAUUCUAGUAAUGUUUAUAUUAUGAAGAUAAACUAUUUAAUUCAAAAGUCUUUAACUUUUGACAUAAUUUAUAAAAAUAAUGAUCGAAAUUUUGAAGUUGCGCUUAAAAUAUGUUCAGAAUAUGAUUCGAACUUAAGUGAGAUUGAUACAAAUUGGAAUAAUUUAUUGAAGAAAUUUUUCAAAUGUGAUUUAGGCAAACUAUGUAACUGCCUAUUAUCUCUCAACUUGAUUGAAGAGUUUUUUUUUUUAUUUAAUAGGCAUUUUAUUCACUUUGGUAAUGGAGACGAGGCAAUCAGAAGUGAAAUAAUAUUAGAAUUAUUGAAUAAUUUACCUAUAAAUUUGCCAGAGCAAAUUGAAAAAGAAAUCCCGUCAUGGUUAAUAAAUCAAGUAUUCCCAUAUGUCAUUGACAAAGAUAAAUUACUUAAAUGGAUUGCAGAUAGAGCAGUAGCAUUAGAACAUAUUUCUAAUGGAGAUAUUGAUCGUUGUUUGUUUUUUUUAUCAUCGGUUUUUCUAAAUGAGUACAGUAAUGCGAAUAAUCAAAUACUUCCAAAACAAAUUGUAUCAAAUGGUAUUCUCUGGGCAGGUUCUGGUAAUAAACGUAACUCUAUUUAUAAAAUGCCUUCAAAUAAAAUUAAUCAAGUUUAUUGGGCAUUUUUGGAGUGUAAUGAUUUAAAGAACAGGUACAAAUUAGAGAUCGAAUUUAGCUCUCUUUACUAUAAAAAAAUAACCACCAAAGAUAUUGCUUUUAAGUUACUUAGUAGAAUUUCUUCUUCUGAAUUACUAAAUUAUGAAAUUAAUCAUCAUGUCAUACCGUUUUGUAAGUCAAGAGGACUUGAAGCUGAUCAAAUAAUAAUGGAAUAUUUACUCGACCUAAUUUCCUCUAUUAAUUACAAUUCCCUUGAAAAAAAAAACAAUAUUACAAACAACAGAACAUACUAUCAGCCGAGAAUAAUUUCUUUGAUCAACUCGAUUACAGAUGAAGAAUACAAAGCAUAUGCACUUCUUCAGUAUUUGUCACUAAAUAAUAAAUGCCAUUCAAUGAAUAACGAAAUCAAUUUAAAGUUUCCUCAUUCAGUUCAAAAUGAAAUGGAUUAUUUGAUUUCUUAUGCAAGAAAUCUUUCUGUUGAUGGUAAGAGAUCAUUUGAACUUAAAAAUAGGAUUGCACUAAUUGAUGCACAAAAUUUACUUUCAAGGUAUAACUUGGAUGGUAUGGCCUCAAUCAUUUUAUUUGAAAAAAAUGCUCCUAGGCGAUUAAUCUUGCACGUGAUAUCUCAAGUAGAUGCAGGAAUUGAGUCAUUUAACGACGCCGUGUUUUUAAUUGACUAUUUAAAGCAUGAAACUAAUACAACAUUUAUGGGAAUUUCAGAAGCAUAUUGUUUAAGACUAAGAUUUAUCAUUUUCAGGAGAAGAAAUAUUGUUGGAUGGGAAAAAAUGACCAAAAAAUCAAUAACUGGAAUACAAAACAAAAUAAUUGAAGAGGAAAUACUGGACAUAUUUUCCAUAAUAGGUUGCAAGAAGAAGAUUUAUAAUAUUACACAACAAUUUGUUUGCUUUAUUUGGCAGUUUUUGGACUGUUAUUCAAUGAACUGCAAUAAAUCUCAUAAAUUAAGAAUAAAGUGUGAAAUUGCUACAUAUUCUGCAAUAGUAGUUUUAAGAGAGUUUUUUAAAUUAGUCCAAGAAAACAACUGGAAAAUAAAGCAAAAAACAUUUUGGGUAUCUAAUGAAUCAUUUAAUACAUUUAUUAGACUUCAACAACUUCAAUUUGAAUUUGGAAUGUUCUUAAGGCCAAGCGAUAUUAUGUUGGAUAAAAUGGAUCAUGAUCAAGAUUAUUUAUUUGAAAAAGAAAGCCAAACCAAGAACACAUAUUUAGAACCUUUUCAGAAAAAUACAUUCGCAAACCCCUUUGGAAAGAUUGAAACUAAAUUUUACAAUAAUCCAAUUUUUAACGAAAGUUUUAUUUUUGAAUGGAAAAACGGUUAUUUCCAAUUAUAUAAAGAGUCUUGUUACAAGAAACUUUGUGAAAUCUUUGACAAGUUUGCACAACCGUUAUUUGAAGUAAAAAAUUUUAAUGAACAAAAAAAAGGCAUCUUUACAAAAUUGUUAAGAUUGGGAAGUUUGAUCGGUGUUGAUGAAAGCUAUGUUAGGAGAACUAUGAUACGGCACUCUAUAAGAGAUGGGGGUAAGAUGUGUAUUUUUAAAAGGCUAACACAGGAAUUAUAUAAAACGCCAUCUUCUAAAAAUGCAAUGACUAUAAUAGAUGAAGUACAAAACAUCAUUUUGAAUUUACUGACAUCCAAUUCAAUCAAUAAAAAUAAAAGCACUACAGAUAAUGAGAAAGGAACAUGUAUUCAUGGGCCAGAAUUAAUUUUUAUAUUUUCCAAGUUGCUACAAGUAGUUGCAGCUUGUAUUCCCUAUUACCCAGUUAAAUUAAUCAGCUUUGUUUUGGCUUUAUCCUCAGAUAUUCUAUGGGCUCACGAUUUCUUGGUGCAUGCUUCAGAUGCAACUGACCACUUUGAAAAUUCAAAUGACUUACUGAUUAAUGAUUACAAGGAUGAUCAUCUUUUUUCUAAACUUAUCAUAAACUCAUUAAAAAAUAUACAUUAUAUACCAUUGGAUUCUAAUAAGUCGUAUUAUAAGGAGAUAUGUACUCUUUACCCGUUUGUUGAUGCGAAGCAAGUGGCCAUGACGUUUCUCUCCUGCAAAAUAAGAAUUUCCAAAGAACUUUCUAAACAGGUUUCUGUAAAAAAAACUUAUAUAUCUCCAUUUGUAAUUUAUAAUUUUUGGACUGAUCCAACACUUUGGACAAUUCAAAGUGACGAGAAUUAUAACAUAGAUGCUGCAAAGUAUAUUCAGGAAUUAAGAGAAAACGUUGAUAUUUUAGUGAAAAAACUUUAUCAAUCUGAGUGUUUAUCAUUAGCAAUGAGUAUAUAUUUAAAACAUCCUUUUUUGAUUUCUGAUAUGAAAUUGGUUUUGAAUAUUAACAUCGAAUUUUUCCGUAAAGUACUUAAGGGUAGAGAUCCCAUGGAUGGGCAACUUUGCAUGGCACUUUCUUCUUCUCUGGAAAAAAAAGAUUCUUGGAAUGUCUUUGUUCAAUCCCUAAACCCAUUAAAUAUUCUCGAUAACUAUUAUAGGGCACAGAGGAUGGCAAGAAUUGGUUGGGAUUUAGGGAUUCUGUUUAAUCAUUAUAGCAUGAGGAAAGAAAUGGAGGAUCUUCACAAACAAUCUAAGUGGUGUAAUAGUUUUAUAAAGCUUAAAAUUGAUUUUGAUCAAUCACUCUUUUUUCAGAAACAAGAUCCUCAAAAUACUAAUCAGGAGUAUAAGAAAAGUAUUAUUUGUAAACUUAUUCACAAUAGUGAUUUUGACUUGAUUCUCUGUUUACAGUAUGCAAAAGAUUAUAACAUUAAUGACGAAUAUGUUCUAUUUCUUUGGUCAAAGCUAAUGAUAUUGUAUUAUUUUGAUCCUAAAUUUGAACUAAAAAUGCAGAAUAUCCUAUCAUUUGUGACCCCGGAACUAGUGAAAGAGAUUUUCGAAAAUACUUUUGAAUUAAUAUCAUCCUUCGACUAUGAAAGGCUCAUAUUUGUAUUAAAUUGGUACAAUCAAAAUUGUAUAGAUGCCAUUGCACGUUCUAACUCUAAAAAUAUCUACUGCAAAACUGAGGCUAAUAAAGAUUAUUCUUCCAGUACUAGCAGCAGCUACAAUGAAAGAAAUAAUGAAUUUAAAAAAAAUCAAAGCUCCUCAAUUAUUUCUACAAUUUCUAAUCUUGAAGUUCUUAAGAUAUUAUCAACUCAUAAAAGAAUUUGUAGUGCAGAUGACGACGAAAAACAAUUCAUUAAAUACGAAUUCGAACGCAUUGAUGGAAGCACUGAAUCAUUGGUUAACAAAAUUAACAAAAGGAUAGAAUCACAAAUAUCAUAUAGGAUCCCUUUCCAUUAUCUUAUUAAGUAUCCAAUAAAUGCAUUGAAAUAUGAAAUAAAUGAUGAAACAAUAUAUAAAAUUAAAAAAAUGUCGCAAUAUUUAGGUAUUCCGAUGAUAUUCAUUGAUAUUCAGUUUGUAUGGAAUAUCGUAUUAUGUAGAAGGUAUAAAUUUCUAGCAAAAAAUGAUUUAGUAAAAGAUAAAUUAAAAAAUUUUCAAGAGUACUGCUCCAAAUUGGUGGAAAGUGACAAAAUUUUAUUGAGAUAUAUUGAGUCAAUUGCUUCAUUUGAUUUAGAAUCUGGUAUUGCAAUAGUUCUGCUGGUCAUUGAUGAAUUGCCUCUCUCAAAUACAAAAAUCAAACUAAUAGAAUGGUGCGAAAGCAAAUCCGGGAAAGUAACUCAAGUUGAAUUAAAGAAAGGGUACCCCAUUGUAAAUAUGGAAUAUUUAGUAUAUAGUAGACAUGAUGAAAUUGUCAUGAACAUCAAUAGUUACUUAAAAUCGAAAAAAAGCUUAAUUUCGUCAAUUCUCAUUUUAAAAAAACAUGGUUUAGAUCUCAUAUUUUCAAAACUCAUAGAGGAGACAAAUGACAUUAAUAUAUUAAUUAGCUCUUUAUAUUACUAUCUUACGCCACUUAUUUCAGAAGGAAUUUAUUGGAAAUUUAAGAGUGAGUUACAGGAAACGGUUUCUCAAUCCUUUUGUAUGCACUUUGAAUCAGAGCGAGAUACUUGCAAUUCUAAGAUUAAACUCUCUUCAAAAAGAUCGGCUGAUUUUUUUUCGAAUUUUAAUUUAAUUGAAAAUUUUAACCUUUUUGUUGAAGAAAUAUCAAACAUAUAUUCUUCUGAUAUAAAAAAAAUCAGAAUGAGAAUAAUUAAGAAUCUCUUAAGCAAACCGUUUGAAACACCUUAUGAGGCCACAAAAAAUAAGUUUCCUGUUAAUUUGAAAGAAAUUUUUGCAGAAAUUGAGAAUUCUGGAAUAAUUGCAGGACUUGAUCAUUGGUACGGAAGAAAACAAUUUAGUUCAAAAUUUUUUGAUUGUACUUACAUCGACAGAGUUUCAUUCGUCUGUCGAGGAAUAUCUUUGAACGAUGCAAUAUUACUUUUAUUAUCUAUUUCAUUUAAAGAUUCGGCAAGCUAUACUUAUUUGACCAAAUGCAAUGCUUUGAGAACACUAUUCCAAAUUGCCUCUAUCAAAAGUAUUCAGAAAAGGUACCCAAAAUAUGAUGAUCUAAAAGUUAUUUGGCUUCAUAAUUACUAUAUGAUCUAUUUUAAUGAUUUGUAUAUUCCACAAGAUUUUAGCAAAUUUUAUUUAUCUGAAAAGGCUGGACUAGCCAGAUCUCUUUGGAGAGAAUAUAAUAAUAGAAGGAAUUCUUAUGAAUUUCUUAAAUCAAGCCAGAAACGCUUUGACAGAAUUGAAAAUACGGAAGAAAUUGAAUUUUUAAUAGAUGAUAAUAGAAAAAAAAAGGUGAGAUGUUUAAGUGAUAAAGAGAAUGAAUAUUCAAACAAUUUAGAAAUAAGUUUGAAUGGCCAAUAUAAAAAUUUGGAUACAAAACUAAGCAAUAUAUUAUAUUUAAUCGCAAAACUCUGUGUAGAUUUUGAAAUUUUUGAUCCAAUUCUCUUUUCGAAUACAAUACAUAAUUUAUAUUUGCAACUUCUUGAUGAAAAAGAUGUCAAAAUUUUUAGCGAUUUGAUUUUUGCAACAUAUAAUAGUGGAUAUAUAUAUAAAAUUAAAAUUGACAAAUCAAUAAUCGAUGUAUGGAAUAUUUUAAUUUUUGAUCCAAUACUUUCACUCAAAAAUACCGUUGAAUACGUUUCCAAUUUAGUUCGGAAAUAUGGGCAAAAUAGUAAAGAUAUGAAAGAAUGUGUUUACAAAACCAACUUGCUUUACAAUUUACCAAAUAAGCGAUAUAUGAUCCCAUUGCUAUCCAAGAUAUAUAAUAUAUGCCCUAUCACUCCGUUUAUUGAGAUUAUAAAACUAUUAAACGCAUUAAUAGAGUUAAUAAACUCUAUUCUGAAUUUAAAAGAAGAAAUAAUUUUCAACGAAAACUUAAAUACUGACAUAAAAAAGGAGGAUUAUCAAAAGUUAAUUAGUCAUAUUAUUUCUUUAUUUUUAACGUUGGUGAAAGAUAUUUCAGAAAAUAAUAAAAUAAACAGCAUAGAGAAAAGAUAUAAAAUGCUGUCACUAACACGCGAUAACUUGAGCAUUUAUGAAAUCUCUAGUAUAUUUAAUAUUACCGUCAUUGAAUUAUUAUUUUCAUACGUAAAUCCAGUUGAUUUACACUACACAUUAUUUUCUACUAAUAGGGAAAAGAUAAUAAAAGUAAUUAUUGAUCAAAACAAUUUCAAGUUGCUCCCCUACAUAAUUUAUUCAACUAGUUCAAACAUGUUAAUUUCGGCACUUUCACUCGAGUUAAUUAAAACGGACAAUACCAGAUUGUUUUUCGAAAUUAGUAUUUUAUUUAAGGAAUUAUUUCAUUAUAAGAAAUUAUCUCAAAUAGAAGAAUUAUAUUUAAUAGAGUCUAUUAAGGCAAAAAAGGUAUACGAGUUUAUCAUUUGUAAAUAUGGCGAGGUUUAUAAUACAGAAUCAAUACAAAUAAUUAGAAGAUGCAUUGAAUUCUAUAAAAUUGAAACAGUCAUUCCACUUAUCAUUAAGUUUCUAUCUGGAGAAGUUAGGUCAGAGUCCACAAUAAUAGAUCAAAUCAAUAGGUUAGAGAAACAAAGAACGAAUGACCAUGAAUUAAGUAAAUUAGAAAUAUACAGUUACAUUAAAGAUGUUAUAAUCAAAUUAAACAAGAAAUAUAAAUCAACAAACAUUGUUCAGGAAUUAAUUGAGCAAUUUAAAUCAUAG